CCUGCCGUAUACCUCCGCCUGUGUCCCUGUCUUUAGCUUGUGUAGCCUUAAGUUGCAAAAACAGUUGACUUAUACAAUGGCGUCCAACAUUGUUGCCGAGUCUGAUGAUGAACAGAAGUCAUCCAUGUACAAGUACAGGGACCAUGAGGAGAGCAGUCAGAGCCUGUCUGAUACGGGUGAUGAUUUAUCAGAUUCAGAGAUAUCAGAUUCAGAGCGCGACAGUGACGAAGAACAAGGAGCUGUGGCAUCUUCAGGAGCCAGUGCUGUAAAGCAAGAGCCAUGCAGGUACUACAAUUCCGGUAAAUGCAAAUAUGGAAAGAAGUGCAAAUAUCUGCAUGUUUGCAAGUACCACUUCAACGGGAAGUGCAAGAAGGGAUCAAAUUGUCCCCAAAGACACUCUGCUGCCUCCCAGAGUGACUCAUCAUCUGAUGAGGAUGACAGAGGGGGAAGAAGAACAGCUACCCCGACAGAGACACAUGACAAGCCUUAUAAGUGGCAAUUAAACAGUGGAGAGAGCUGGAGGGAUAUUUCAAAUGACUAUGUCAUAGAAGCCCAGUACUCACUGCCUGGUGCCAGAGGCAUCAAAAUCUACAAUACAAUUUAUGGGGUGAUUGAUAUUGAUUUUAACAAAAUGAGGAUCAGUAAAAAGAAAAUAAGAGUACAACGCAAGAGUUUUGACGAUUGUGGACAGCAAACUGAAUGGCUGUGGUAUUACCAUGGAAACAAUGGCUGGAUUGAGUAUGGACAAAAGGAUUCCAAAGGCAGCGCUACAUCUUUGAAAAGUUCUGACAUUGAAAAGGAGUACCAGAAGAAACCAAAGAAUUGCCCCAAGUUUACUGCUGGACAGACGCAGUAUGAAAUAAACUUUAAAGAAAUGCGACAGAUCAAUCUAGCAUCAGGCCAUAAGAGGAGAGUAGUUCGGCGUCCAAAAAUUACAGCUCUGCAAGUGAAAACAGGAAAAACAAGCUUCACUUCAUCUUCCCAACAACAGCAACACGUUUCCCCCAGGGGUACAAAGCCAGUCUGGCAGUUUGAGGGAGACAGUGGAAAGUGGUACGAAUUCAAGUACAGGCGCGCCCCACAGUCUGCUACUGACACAGAAUCUUCAGUCUCAAGCAAAGAGAUAGAAGCAAAAUACCAAGCAAACCCAGCAGGCUCCAUGACAUUGAAGGCUGGCAGAUACCAGUACACGCUGAACUUCUCAGAUAUGACACAAACCAAUCUUGCGUCGAAUAAGAUACGCAAAAUACAGCGGACGAUGGUUUAAUGGAAGACAAAAGCCAUGAUCAAGACGUAUCCCAAGACCCUGCUGCCUUCAAAUUGAUUGUCACAUUUUAUACUUACUGACCCCCCUUUCCUAGCUUCCUGUAUAUACGGUACUAUUUACUGUAUAUAAUGAUCAGUUUACAUUUCCAUGGAGGUACGUUUGGUGGUGUUUUGGUUGCCAUAACUGCAGAUGUCCUACAAAGUAAUUUGUUCCCAAAAAUGUUUGAAUACUUCUCUGUAAACAAUUUAAUCAAAGAAUAUUGAAAUUUCAUCCAGUGAGCAGUCACUCAGCCAAAUUCCACAUUGUUUCCUGGACAAAUGUACAAAAACAAAAGUAGAAAUUGACAGACAAAGGGGGUGUGGUUACUUGAAAGCGUGUGUACAUAUUUCCCUUAAAUAUUGAAAAGCCACAUGAACAAGAUUGUAUUUUCUGAAAGGUGGGUCGAUCCUCAUCUUGUUUAAAUGGUUUUAACAUAUCAAUGCAUAAACUGGUUCCAACGAACCGCAAAUACAAAACCAAUCAUUAAAUAUGAAAUUGUUCUAAAAAGUUACUCCUAUGAAUGUCAAAUGUUAGGUGCAAUAGCAUAACUAUUACCUCCUAUGUGUCAUUAAAUGGUGAUUCAGUUCAAA